AUGGCGUCCUCGUUGAGCAGCACCGUAACCCUUCAAGGGACAGAGGACUACUCAGCGUCAAACCUUUUCAUGGACGCAAUGGCCAUGAAGGGGCAUAAAAACGUAAAGCGGAUGCUUGCCGUCCAGUGGCCUUCAUGGAAAGAUGUUGGUAUGGCGUCGAAUUACGAAAAUGACGCUCUGAAGUCCGUAAUAUCCAAAGCCUCCAUCUCUACCCGGAUUGGGAAGCGAAUAAUCAGAGAAACACUGGGGAUGAGCGGGGUCGUAACGUAUACCCCGGUUCCUCCACCGCAGAUGGCCAGAAUGGUUGAAGAAAUUCAGCUCAAGGGGAGCGCUCGGCAACUGCCAACUGCUAAAGAACAUCUCUCAUUGACUGAUAAGGUGAUUUCAAUAUGGACGGAAAUCCUCGGCACCGAUGUCCAUGAAAAGUCAGAUUUCUUUGAUAACGGAGGGAACUCCCUGAGCGCCCUGAGGGUUGUCUGGAGUCUCAACAAUUUGUUGCGCACCAACAUCGCUGUCGACCUUCUCUUCAAACAUCCAAUUUUGAGUGAAUUCGUCAAAGUGCUACCUCAGGAAGUCCCCAAAGAGAUUCCCCGAACAUUCGAUCCCACUUGUCCGGCUGAUCUGACAUAUUCACAGGAAAAUAUGUGGAGAAAACUCGAGCGGAUUCCAUUCCAUGAACUGGUUGCUGCUCUCGGGAGGCACCACACUGGAGGAAAUCAUCUGUUCGAGAUUUUCUUCAAUUAUCGUCAUCAGCUGGACUUUCCCACCACCGACUUUCCGGGUGCCGAUGUGGAAAUCGUCCAGGCUUCUAUGAACAAGAUUUUCAACCUCUCCAUCACUUUCGACGAGCUACCGGAAGGCACAAGGGUGAUGAUGGAGUACAACGCGAGCAAAUACCGUACGGACCUGAUCCAAGACUUGGUCAGGGAUUAUGCUGGUAACUUGUCCACAAACAGGCGAUUCAUAGGCGACUUGUGGAUCAAGUCCACCGGUUGCUGCAUUCGAGGCGAUGACGUCGUAAUCGUGGAUCUCAACUCAAACGAUGCAGUCGUAGCGAUUUUGGCUAUACUCAAACUUGGCACGGCCUACGCCCCAAUGGACAAAACCUGGCCCGAGUCGAGGAAAGCUCAAAUUGUAGCAAACCUAGAGUGCAGCAUGACCAUCUCAGACUCAACUCUUGGGAAUAUCUCGAAUCAGGAAUAUCGGAAGAAGGGGAUUCUAUUGAAUAGAACCGCAAGUAGCGAUUUGAUUUACGUGAUCCACACAAGCGGAUCCCUUGGAAUCCCAAAAGGUGUUGCCGUGAGCCACCGCAAUGUGAGCGCGUUUCUUCGUGGGGCUACACCGCAGGCAUUUUUGAGACCGGGUCGUGUUGUUUCCCAUUCAGUUAAUAUCGCCUUUGAUGUGAGUGUUUUCAAUAUCUUUGGGUCGUUAGUGAAUGGCUGCGAGCUUUGCAUGCACGACGAUAUUCGCAGGUUACCCGAGGAGCUUGGUGGCCUCCAAUGUGACGUCGUUUUCCUUACAUCUGCUAUGCUCGACGCUCUGACGGACUCUGAACUGAAUCAGAUCCAGGAACUAGAAGAAACUCUUUGUGGGAGGAGAUACAGUCCGCGACAGGAAUCUCGCAAAGGUCCUAAAAUCCGGUCUCGAUGUUCACCGAUGCUCAACGAAGCCUGCUGGGUAGCUCAGGGAGCUAAGGAGGGUGAGUUGGUCCUUGCCGGGGCAAAGGUUGCUCGAGGAUACUUCAAUGCCAUUGACAAUGAUCGUUUCGGUGUUACCAACGGGAUGCCAUACUAUCGUACCGGCGACAUUGUCAGAAGCGAGAAAGAGGGAUUCAUUUACAGAGGAAGACUUGACUCUCAAAUGAAAGUUCGUGGCCAUCGAAUAGAGGGCGAGGAGGUGGAGAAAAAGCUCCUCGAGGCUUCCUCGUUGAUUUCGGGAACGAAGGUCGUCGUUAUGGACGAGACGCUGGUUGCGUUCAUAGUUCACGAAGAGCCUCUAGACUUGGCUGCUGUGCUGGUUAAAUUGCAAUCGGGUUUACCAUCAUACAUGGUCCCAUCGCGAUUUAUUCGUGUCCCACAUAUUCCACUUAAUACUUCAGGGAAAGUGGACAAAGACAGAUUACUGGAGGAGUACAGUAGAACUAGAGACGAUUUCCUGCCCUCUGUGGCUAUUCAAAUGUCUGUGACGGAGGAGAAAGUGGCAUCGAUUUUCGGAAAACUUUUGAAUGUGAAAAAUGUGAAGCCUACGGACAAUUUUUUCACCAUUGGUGGACAUUCUCUGCUUCUCUUCGAGCUGAAGAACCAACUACUUACUGUAUUCAACAUGAACAUUGAAGUACAUGAACUCUUCACCAAUCUUACUGUACAGGAGGUGGCUAAGCUUAUCACACAACGGUACAAAGAAAGCCCUGACAAAAUCGACACCUCAAUCAUCAUAAAACUUCGUGAAACGCCGGAACCCAAAUUUAACAUUUAUUUAAUUCAUGCUGUGGGUGGAUCUGUAUUUCCAUAUUAUGCUUUUCUUCAAGUGUUUCCCAGAAAUGUCAACAUUUAUGCCAUCGAAUACCAACUGCAUUUCGAGGCCGACACAAUCAAAGGAACUGGCCGCAUUCUACGCAAAAGCGCUCACACAGGAGAUGUUAGACCUUUUCCAAUGGGCCAUUCGCUGGGAGGAACUGUGAGCAGGGAAAUCGUGACCGAAAUGAAGCUAUGGGGAUGGGAG